UCCACCAUGGAGCAGCUUUUGAUUGCCGUGGCAACCUGCUUGCUAGCCCUCUGUCCUGUCAACGGGAAUGAGUGGAGGUUGGAAUAUGAAGAAGGACUUAGUCACUACAGCGAGGAGGCCCUAAGAAAGGAGUUUCCCGAGAAGACCAGACCAAUCAGUUUCAAAAAUCAACCUUUCUUGUGUCCUGAUAUGAGCCCCUCCUCUUCUGUGCCCACCUCGGUUGAGCUGGUGAAGGCAGCGGAUAUUAAAGUGAUUGCUGCCCUUGGGGAUUCAUUGACAACAGCAAUUGGUGCAAAUGCAACCACAGUUCUUGGCAUACCUGUUGAAUUUCGCCAUGUUUCAUGGAGCAUUGGUGGCUAUGGAUCGUUUCAAGAUGUCAUUACACUUGCAAACAUCAUUAGACUAUUCAACCCCAAUUUAGUGGGACCUGCCCCAACCAAGACUGUCCAUGGGACCCCAGCUCCUCUCUGUGAGACUGGAUUUAACCUGGCUGUAACCGGACACAACACCUUUAAUCUUCCUGAACAAGUCAGACAUUUGAUUGACACAUUGAAAACCUAUGAGGAUAUUGACUUUGAUGGGGACUGGAAACUCUUGACCAUUCUAAUCGGAAUGAAUGACAUCUGUGAUUACUGCAAAGACAAGUCCCUCUUUUCAGUGGAGAACUUUGUCCAUUACAUGACCGUGUCUUUGGAAAUGCUGAUGAAUGAGGUUCCUCGAAUGAUAGUGAACGUGGUUCAGAUACUGCCUAUGGAGACCCUGAGGGAAGUACAGAAGCCCACUCCAGGAUGUCUGCUCCAGAGGUCAUUCUGUUCCUGUCUGGUAAAGCCAGCUGCUGGAUCUGCUGAUUUGAAGGAACUGGUUGGAGUCAACCUAGGAUUUCAGAGAGCACUGGAGCAACUCUUGUACAGUGAGCGUUUCUUUAAGAAUGACUUUGCUGUGGUUUUGCAGCCAUUCCUGAAACACGCUGAUCCACCAAGACUCCCAAAUGGGAAGAUUGACAUGAGCUUCUUUACCCCUGACUGCUUCCAUUUCACUAUAAAAGGACAUGAGGAGCUGGCCAAGGGACUGUGGAAUAACAUG